CUGGCCCGGGAACCUGCAGGCCUGGGCCGCUGCUGCAGGGACCCGAGAGGAGCAGCUGUCUGGGGGCUGCAGAUCUGCUGAAGAGAGAACCAGCUUUGGGCUGGCGCCGGCCGUCCUAACUAUCCUCGCUCGCUCGGUGAACGCGCCGCCAUGUGGGCCGCGCUUAGGUCUGCUCUGCGGCCCUGCGCCCGCGCCACUGUCCCCCGGCCUCGCGCCUACCACGGAGACUCGGUGGCCACGCUGGGCACCCAGCCGGAUUCGGGCUCCUCCACCUACCAGGAGAAUUAUGAACAGAUGAAAGCUCUAGUAAAUGAACUUCAUGAACGAGUCCAGAAUAUAAGAUUAGGAGGCAGUGAGAAAGCCCGGGCCCGGCAUACAUCAAGAGGAAAACUGUUACCUAGAGAGAGAAUCGACAACCUCAUAGACCCAGGAUCUCCCUUUCUGGAACUCUCCCAAUUUGCAGGUUACCAGUUGUAUGGUGAUGAGGAAGUCCCUGCAGGUGGUAUCAUUACAGGCAUUGGCAGAGUGUCUGGAGUAGAAUGUGUAAUUGUUGCCAAUGAUGCCACUGUCAAAGGAGGCACCUACUACCCAGUGACUGUGAAAAAGCACUUACGGGCACAAGAGAUUGCACUGCAAAACAAGCUCCCCUGCAUCUACCUGGUUGAUUCUGGAGGAGCCAACUUACCUCGGCAAGCAGACACGUUUCCAGACCGAGACCACUUUGGCCGCAUAUUCUAUAAUCAGGCAAUUAUGUCUUCUAAAAAUAUCACACAGAUAGCAGUGGUCAUGGGCUCCUGUACAGCAGGAGGUGCAUAUGUGCCCGCAAUGGCUGAUGAAAACAUCAUCGUACGCAAGCAGGGUACCAUUUUCCUGGCAGGACCACCCUUGGUGAAGGCGGCCACUGGUGAAGAGGUGUCUGGGGAGGAUCUUGGAGGUGCUGAUCUUCACUGCAGAAAGUCUGGGGUCACCGACCACUAUGCUUUGGAUGACUGUCAUGCCCUUCACUUAGCAAGGAAGGUUGUGAGGAGUCUCAAUUAUCAGAAGAAAGUAGAUGUUACCAUUGAGCCUUCUGAAGAGCCUUUGUUCCCUGCUGAUGAGUUGUAUGGGAUCGUUGGUACAAACCUCAAGAGGACCUUUGAUGUCCGUGAGGUCAUUGCUAGAAUCGUGGAUGGAAGCAGAUUCAAUGAGUUCAAGGCCUUAUAUGGAGACACAUUAGUUACAGGCUUUGCUCGAAUAUUUGGAUACCCUGUAGGCAUCAUUGGAAACAAUGGAGUUCUGUUUUCUGAAUCUGCAAAAAAGGGUGCUCACUUUGUCCAGUUAUGCUGCCAAAGAAAUAUUCCCCUGCUGUUCCUUCAGAACAUUACUGGAUUUAUGGUUGGUAGAGACUAUGAAGCUGAAGGGAUUGCCAAGGAUGGUGCCAAGAUGGUGGCCACUGUAGCCUGUGCCAAAGUGCCCAAGAUAACUGUCAUCAUUGGGGGAUCAUACGGGGCUGGAAACUACGGGAUGUGUGGCAGAGCGUAUAGCCCGAGAUUUCUCUACAUGUGGCCAAAUGCUCGUAUCUCAGUGAUGGGAGGAGAGCAGGCAGCUACUGUGUUAGCCACAGUAACAAGGGAUCAAAAAGCACGGGAGGGGAAACAGUUCUCCAGUGCUGAAGAGGCAGCUUUGAAAGAGCCCAUCAUUAAGAGGUUCGAAGAGGAAGGAAACCCUUACUACUCCAGUGCUAGGCUGUGGGAUGAUGGGAUUAUUGAUCCCGUAGACACCAGACUGGUCCUGGGUCUCAGCAUCAGUGCAGCCCUCAACGCACCCAUCCAGAAGACUGACUUUGGCAUCUUGAGGAUGUAACUGGAUAUAAAACAUAUUACGCAUAUACCAAAAAUUAACGUGUAGUACCAGCCUUAAAACUUUAGACU